AUGUUUCUCUCUGGUGGGCAAUGUGGUCAUGUUGGUAGACCUGAAGAACUUCUAUUGAUGUUCAAGAUAUUCCUUGUUAUUUGUCUUCAUGUAGUUCUAGUUAUAUCGCUGGAAGAGAAUGCUGAUAAUUCCAGUUUGUUAUCACCACCUGUUGAAUCAUCUCUUGUUGGUUUGGUCCCCUACUCCAAUGGUACUCCAGUGGUUGAAACUACAAGCCUAAAAGAUGCUACUUUGAGUGUAUUAUCUACUUUAGACAAGACAGAAAAAACUAAAAUCACUAUAGUAAAAACCUUCAAUGCAUCAGGAGUCAAACCUCAGAGAAAUAUCUGCAAUUUGUCAUCUAUUUGCAAUGACUCAGCAUUUUUUAGAGGUGAGAUAAUGUUUCAAUAUGAUGAAGAAAGCAAUGUUACCCAGAAUCAAAAUAUGGCCAAUGUUACCUUAACUGGAGUCCUGUAUCAAAGUGAAUUAAAACAAUCAGAGCUCAACAAAACCCUGCAAACCCUAAGUGAGACUUAUUUUGUGGCAUGUGAUAAGGAUCAAAGCACAUUAAACUGUACACUCACAAUAAAAUUGAAUAAGACUAUGAACAUAUGUGCUGUAAUGGUGGCUUUUAAAAGAGUAAAGAUUCGCCCAAUGGAACAGUGCUGCUGUUCUGUCAGAACACCCUGCCCUUCCUCCCCAGAAGAGUUAAAAAAACUGCAGUGUGACCUGCAGGAUCCAGUUACGUGUCUUCCUGGUCAUCCACGUGGCCCACCAUUUUCUUCUGGCAAUUCCAUCCCAGUUGCUCCUCAGGCCACAGUUAUUUCCCGAGUCUCCAGCGCCUUCUCUUUUGCUGAGCCUCUUAAUCAUCCACCUGUAACCCAGAGCCCGACAGGGGUGACUCACCUUCCUUCUCUCCAGCCUUCAGCUCCCAUAACUUCUAGCCGUACCAUUGAUAUAUUCACUCAGUCUGGAAUUCUCUCUUCCUCUAUGCCCCAAACUCAUCUUUCCCGCACCCUGCCACCUGUGAAAUCUCCACUUCCCUCUCCCACCACGUCUGCCCCUUUGGCUGUCAUCACAACCAGCACACCUCCUGACAAGACAGAAAUUGUUCACACCAGCAGCAUCAGUGUUUCUGAUCUUGAGAACCAAGUGUCUCAGAUGGAGAAAGUUCUGUCCUUAGGCAGCUUGGAGCCUAACCUCGCAAGAGAAAUGAUAAGCCAAGUCAGCAAACUCCUUCAUUCCCCUCCGGCCUUGCUGGCCCCGCUGGCCCAAAGAUUGCUAAAAGUAGUGGAAGACAUUGGCUUACAAGUGAAUUUUUCAACCAAGAUCAUAAGUCUAACCUCCCCUUCUUUGGCUCUGGCCGUGAGCAGAGUGAAUGCCAGUAAUUUCGACACAACUACCUUUGCUGCUCAAGACCCUGAAAAUCUCCAGGUUUCUCUGGAAACUGAGGCUCCUGAAAAUAGUAUUGGUGUUAUUACUCUGCCUUCAUCGCUGAUGAGUAAUUUACCCGCUAAUGAUGUAGAGCUAGCUUCCAGGGUUCAGUUCAACUUUUUUGAAACACCUACCCUGUUUCAGGACCCUGCCUUGGAGAACCUCUCUCUAAUCAGCUACGUCAUAUCGUCGAGUGUUGCGAACCUGACUGUCAAGAACUUGACAAGAAACGUGACAGUUACAUUAAAGCAUAUCGACCAGAGCCAGGAUGACUUAACAGUGAGAUGUGUAUUUUGGGACUUGAGCAGAAACGGUGGCAGAGGAGGCUGGUCAUCCGAUGGCUGCUCCGUCAAAGACAGGAGGCAGAAUGAAACCAUCUGUACCUGCAGCCACCUUACAAGCUUUGGUGUCCUACUGGACCUAUCUCGAACAUCCUUGCCACCGGCUCAGAUGAUGGCGCUGACGUUUAUCACAUAUAUUGGCUGUGGGCUUUCGUCAAUUUUUCUGUCAGUUACUCUCAUAACCUACAUAGCCUUUGAUUGGAUUGCUCUAUAUGACACGCGAGGCCUCUGCAUCUCGGCAGCUGUAUUUUUGCAUUAUUUUCUCUUGGUCUCAUUUACAUGGAUGGGGCUUGAAGCAUUCCAUAUGUAUCUGGCCCUUGUCAAAGUGUUUAACACUUACAUCCGAAAAUACAUCCUUAAAUUCUGCAUCAUUGGUUGGGGGGUACCAGCCGUGGUUGUAACCAUUGUCUUGACUAUAUCCCCAGAUAACUAUGGGCUUGGAUCCUAUGGGAAAUUCCCUAGUGGCUCAUCUGAUGACUUUUGCUGGAUCAAUAGCAAUGCUGUAUUCUAUAUUACGGUUGUGGGAUAUUUCUGUGUGAUAUUUUUGCUGAAUGUCAGCAUGUUCAUUGUGGUCCUGGUUCAGCUCUGUCGAAUCAAAAAGAAGAAGCAACUGGGAGCCCAGCGAAAAACCAGUAUUCAAGACCUCAGGAGUGUUGCCGGCCUUACAUUUUUACUGGGAAUUACUUGGGGCUUUGCCUUCUUUGCCUGGGGACCAGUUAACAUCGUCUUCAUGUAUCUCUUUGCCAUCUUUAACACCUUACAAGGAUUUUUCAUAUUCAUCUUUUACUGCGUAGCAAAAGAGAAUGUCAGAAAGCAAUGGAGGCGGUAUCUUUGUUGUGGAAAAUUACGGCUGGCUGAAAAUUCUGACUGGAGUAAAACUGCUACUAAUGGUUUAAAGAAACAGACCAUUAAUCAAGGAGUGUCCAGUUCUUCAAAUUCCCUACAGUCAAACAGUAACUCUACCCACUCGACCACGCUGCUAGUGAAUAAUGAUUGCUCAGGACUCGUGAGUGGGAAUGGGAAUGCUUCUACAGAAAAGAAUGGUGUUUCUUUCAGUGUUCAGAAUGGAGAUGUGUGCCUUCAUGAUUUCACUGGAAAACAGCACGUGUUUCAUGAGAAAGAAGAUUCCUGCAAUGGUAAAAGUCGUAUCGCUCUCAGAAGGACUUCAAAAAGGGGAAGCUUACACUUUAUUGAGCAAAUGUGAUUCCUUUUUCUAAAAUCAAAGCAUGAUGCUUGACAGUAUGACGAUGUCCAAUUUUAUCUUUUCCACAAUGUGAGAUGUAUGAAAAUCAACUAAUUUUAUACUCAGCAACCUCUGGAGGAACAUAAGCUAAUUGAGGGCAGUGGUUACUAUUGGAAGAGGAAACCAAGAUGUUUUACCAUGGUUUUAAACAACAUACUAAAUAAGAUUCAUUUAAAGAAAAUAAAAGUAGUUCAUUUCCAGCCACAUUUUAGAGGUUAAGUUAUAUUAUCUUUGAUAAUAUCAUAUAAAGCAACUGUUGACUUUCCAGCCUGUUGGUGAGUUUAGUUGCGCAUGCCUUUGUUGUAAAUAAGCUAAAUUCUAGUGACCUACAUGUCAAAAAUCUUACUUCUACAUUUUUUUUGUAUUUAUUUUCUACUGUGUAAAUUUAUUUCUUUGUAGAAUCAUGGUUGUGUUAUUGUGUCUAAUGUGAUAAUUCAGAAAACCCACAGGGUCGGGCCUGGUUAGUACUUAGAUGGGAGACCUCCUAGGAAGACCAUGUACUGUAGGUGUGUAAAAAAAAAACAGAAAAGAAAAGAAAAAGAAAACCUUUGCUAGUUCAGUGAGUUCUAAAGCUCCUUUUGGAGAUUAUAUGGGAUGUGAAAUAUAGAAACUUCACUCAAAUCAAGAAAUAAUGAUGCCAGCCAGACUGGAAAAAUGCAAGCAGACAGUGCCACAAUUAGCUCACACAGUGCCUUUGAGCAAGUUAGAAAAAGAUGCCCCCACCAGACAGACACAGCCCCAUGGGCGCAUGGUUUGGCAAAGAGAGUGAGGGCCAUAUUUUAGCCCCACUCAAUCUCUUGUACAGGGUGUGAACUGUAUACAGCUGGAUACAUGGCAUCCAAUACCAACACCCAUCUCCUGACCUCAUCCCUAAUCAUCAAAUUAUGGAACCUGCACCAAGAUGUUUAGCUUAAUAUCUUGGCCACAGAAAGGGAUGGAACUAUAAUCUAGACUAUAUGUCAGGAAAAUUGUGAAUGUGGAGGAGAUACAUACACUGCCAUUUCUCAAA